GUCCGACCGCCGGAAGUUGUCACGAACCUGAGGUGAAUGAAAAGUGGAGAAACGUUUAAACGUGACCACGCCGGGGGGAUAAAAUCUUAAUUUUUACUAAGCUUGAAAGCAUUGUGUUAUCAUGGCUGAUGAUGAAGGAUUUGUUGUCCGUGUACGGGGUUUGCCUUGGUCGUGCUCUACGGAAGAAGUGUCCAGGUUUUUUUCAGGCUGCAAAAUUGCCAACAAUGGAACAGCCAUUCACUUCACAUACACACGAGAAGGCAGGCCGAGCGGAGAGGCAUUUGUGGAACUGGAGUCGGAGGAAGAACUUAAAAUUGCGGUCAAAAAAGACAGAGACACCAUGGGACACAGAUAUGUAGAAGUAUUCAAAUCGAACAAUGUGGAAAUGGACUGGGUUAUGAAGCACACUGGUCCGAACUGUCCAGAAACAGAAGGGGAUGGAUUGGUCAGACUGCGCGGACUUCCUUUUGGAUGUAGCAAGGAAGAGAUUGUGCAGUUUUUCGCAGGGUUGGAAAUCGUGCCAAAUGGGAUAACAUUGCCGGUGGACUUCCAGGGGAGGAGUACGGGGGAGGCCUUCGUGCAGUUUGCUUCACAGGAUAUAGCUGAAAAGGCUCUAAAGAAACACAAGGAAAGAAUAGGGCACAGGUACAUUGAGAUCUUUAAGAGCAGCAGAGCUGAGGUGCGGACACACUAUGAGCCCCCGCGUAAAGGCAUGGGGAUGCAGAGACCCAGCCCAUAUGAUCGACCUAGUGGAGGCGGCCGGGGCUACAAUGGUAUGAGUCGUGGGGGGUCCUUCGAUCGGGUGAGACGUGGAGGAUACAGUGGAGGAAUGUCAGAUGGUCGUUACAGUGACGGUGGUAAUUUUCAGAGUACCACUGGGCAUUGCGUUCACAUGAGGGGGCUUCCUUACCGGGCAACAGAACCUGACAUCUACAACUUUUUCUCUCCUUUGAACCCGGUGCGUGUGCAUAUUGAGAUCGGCCCAGAUGGUCGGGUAACUGGUGAGGCGGAUGUUGAAUUUGCAACCCAUGAGGAUGCUGUAGCUGCCAUGUCAAAAGACAAGGCGAAUAUGCAGCACCGUUAUGUUGAGUUGUUCUUGAACUCGACAGCAGGGGGCAGUAAUGGAGGCUAUGGAGGGCAGAUGAUGAGUGGAAUGGGAAACCAGUCAUCUUAUGGGCACGGAGGACAACAAAUGAGUGGAGGCUACACGGGAGGGUACAACAACCAGUCGAACAUGGGAGGCUACAAUGACUACAACAACCAGAGCAGCAUGAACAGCAGUUACUACGGUGGUAGUCGUGGCUCUGUUAGUAUGAACGGCAUGGGAGGAGGAUGGGGCAUGUAGAUACACCUGAAGGAAAACGUGUCUUAUAUGAGUCUGUUGCUGAGGCCAUCAUCUUGAUUCUUUGUGCCGAUUUCAUAAAGAACCAGUUACUCCUAACCAUCUGUAUUCCGAUCCUCCCCCUUGGAAUCAGUAUUAUUUUUUCCCGCGGGGGUCCGCUCAAGUCAUGGCGAUUGUCCACUAACUCCAUUGGUAAUGAUUGUGCGUGUAAAUAUCUUACAGGCGUAUCCCUCACUUCGGAGACUGUAAAACACUGGCCUUGCAUGGCAUGGGGUGUUUCGGCUUCACUUUUUAUAAUGAGGAAAACACUUUGUUGAGUCUGCUUUUUAAAAAUAAACUGGAAAAUGGUU